AUGCUCAGAACAAUUUUCAGUAAAAAACAUUAUGUUUUUAAUGAUAUUCCGGAUCUUUCAGGCAAAGUUGCAAUAGUAACAGGUGCAAAUGCUGGUAUAGGAAUCGUGACUGCUAGAGAAUUAGCUCGCAAAAAUGUUCAUGUAUUUGUUGCAUGUCGUAGUAAAGAAAAAGGCGAAUCAGCUGUAGAAUUAAUAAAAAAAGAAACAAACAAUGAUUCUGUUGAAUUUUUGCAAUUGGAUCUACAAAGUUUAAAUUCUGUUAAAAAUGCUGCUGAAACUUUUUUGGCUAGAAAAUUACCAUUACAUAUUCUAGUUAAUAAUGCCGGUAUGUUGACACAAACAUUUGGACUAACUCAAGAUGGCAUUCAAGACCAGUUUGGUGUUAACCAUAUUGGCCAUUUUCUUUUCACUCUCUUAUUAUUGCCAACCAUCAAAGCAUCUGCUCCAUCACGUAUUGUCAAUGUUAGCAGCAUUGCUCAUAAGCUUACACCACCGGGAGGAAUAGAAUUUGACAAAUUGAAUGAUCCGAAUGCUCACACUGCUUUUCAAAGAUAUGCUCAGUCGAAACUUGCAAAUAUUUUAUUUACCAUUGAACUUAAUAAAAGACUUUCGGGAACAAACGUUUAUUGUAAUUCUCUUCAUCCAGGUGGCAUAAAUACAGAACUAACCACUAGUGUUCUUUCUAAUUGGUUUUUUGGGCUAAAACCACUCGUCUCUAUAAUGUCAUUACUUUUGUUGACACCUGAUGAUGGCGCGUUAACUCAGCUUUACUGUGCUACAAGUCCUGAAAUUGAAGAAAAAAAUUACCGUGGAAAAUAUUUUGAACCUUUUGGUGUGUUAGGUAAAACUAGUGAUUUUGGUAACAAUGAAGAAUUGGCUAAAAAAUUAUGGGAUUAUUCGGAAAAUCUUGUUAAAGAAAAGUUAGGUGAUGACGUUCUUAGUAAAUGUUUGGCUUAA